UGUCAUUUUUUGUAUAACCGGUAAAUUUAUACACAAUACCACACUUAUUUAUAUUUUUAUAAAUAAUCUAUCCAUUAUCCAUUCAUUUUUGAACAUUUUAAGUUUUUUGUGCAAUGGCUCAAUCAACAGGAAUAAAUCCAUCAACAUUGCUACCUUUAGAACUGGUAGAUAAAUGUAUAGGAUCUAGAAUCCAUAUAAUCAUGAAAAACGACAAAGAAAUGGUAGGAACUCUUCUUGGCUUUGAUGAUUUUGUUAAUAUGUUAUUGGAAGAUGUAACCGAGUAUGAAACUACACCUGAAGGCAGAAGAAUAACCAAAUUAGAUCAAAUCUUAUUAAAUGGAAAUAAUAUCACAAUGUUAGUUCCUGGUGGUGACAUGCCUGAUUCCUAAUUACAAUUGAAAGCCUUAAUAUUAAGUUUUUAUUUUUUACAAAAUUUAAGUUAAUAUGUAACAAUAUUUAAUUUUGUGUAAAUAUUUUGAUAAUAAAAUC